AAGAUGCUGCUGCUGCUGCUGCUGCUGCUGUCCCUGCUGUGGGCCGGUGAGUGUGCCAAGGGGAGAGGGAAGCCAGAAGCUUCUGCUGAUUCUACCUUCUUCACAGGGUUCCAGACGCAGGACAGGAGUUAUUCGCUGCGAGUGGAGGAGUCUAUGACAGUGCAAGAGGGUCUGUGUUUGUACGUACCCUGCCAAUUCUUUUACCCCAUGUACUACGGGUUUUAUUUUCUUCACGGCUACUGGUUCCAGAAGGGGACAAAUAGAAGGCAGGAUCCUCUAGUGGCCACAAACAACCCAGAUCGAAAAGUGCAACUGGAUACCCAAGGUCGAUUCCGCCUCCUUGGUGACCUCGAGGACCGUAACUGCUCCCUGGACAUCAGAGACGCACAGAGAAGGGACUCGGGGACAUACUUCUUUAGGGUGGAGAGAGGGCCUCGUGUGAGACAUAGUUACCUACAGAACCAGAUCUCCGUGCGUGUGACGGCUCUCACCCAUACACCUGACAUCCUCAUCCCUGAGACCCUGGAGUCUGGACGCCCCUGGAACCUGACCUGCUCUGUGCCCUGGGCCUGUAAGCGGGGCACACCCCCCAUCUUCUCCUGGACAUCAGCAGCCCCCACCUCCCUGGGCCCCAGGAACCACCUCUCCUCCAUGCUUACCCUCACCCCACGGCCCCAGGACCACGGCACCAACCUCACCUGUCAGGUGCUGUUCCCUGCAGCUGGUGUGAUGGUGGCAAAGACCAUCCAGCUCAAUGUCACCUGUGCCACACAGAACUCUACAGCUGGUGUCUGCCUAGUGGAUGGCACAGGGAAACUGGAGACCAGAGCAGGAAUGAUUAAAGGUGCCAUUUGGGGAGCUGGUAUCACCACACUGCUUGUUCUCUGCCUCUGCCUCAUCUUCUUUGGAGUGAAGACCUGUAGGAAGACAGCAUCCCAGAGAGCAGUGGGCAUGGACGCCAUCCACUCAGCUGUAGAGCCAGCUCCCCUGGGUUGCCAGCAGGAGUCCGAGCAGGACCUCCCUGCUGAGCAGACAAGCUCUGCAGGGGUGUCCCCCGCCUUGGAGAUGGAACAGGAACUGUAUUAUGCUUCCAUCAGCUUUCACAAGAUGAAGAACACCUACGAAGAACACUCAGAGAUCAUGACAAAGUGAGGAACCACCUGGAGCAACAGCCUCAGAGGGAGCGUCCAUAUCCUCUAGGAAGGGAUACCCAAAGGCUGAUUCUUGGAGACUUACCAGCCCCAUAGGUAAUGAAUUUAUAAACUACUAUAUGUGAGUUUCUUGCCAUGUUGGAACUAAGGCUUUGCAAUCAGAGAGGCCUGGGAUGGAAUCCAGGCUCUUUCAUUUAUUAACAGUACGACGUCAGGAAGCCACUUUACCCCUCCAUGUCUUGGUUUUCUGCUUUGCAAAAUGGAUGUAAGGGCUUCCGUGAGGAUUAAAUAAAAGUGAAUAUGGAAAAUACACA